GGGCCGGAAGCGCAGCGGCCGCGACGCGGACGCCGGGAGCGGCCGAGCGGGGAGGCUGUGGCUGGCGGGCGGGUGGGCACGGAGGCCGAGGCCGCGGCCCGGGCUCUCCGCGCCGCUGUGGAGGGCGCCCUGGCCCUAACCGAGCCGCAACAAUACUAGGAGCGGGUCGCCGGACACGAUCGGCGGGCGAGGGGGAAGCGGGACUACCGCUCCAGAGCGCUGCGGCGAGAGAGACUUUCGGAGCCUGGACGUGCUGGAGCACACAGAGCUGACUGAGGAAAUUGUCUGAGAAAAAGGCCGAUCUGAGGCUGGGUUAGGUGGAGGAACCUGCAAGUCGAAAGGGAAAAGAAGGUUUAAGAUUUCCUGGGGGUUUGGCCAAUGCUACCGUUUUGAAGGUAGAAAGCAUUGCGCUUCAGGUGUUUUGUGAUUGUUGUGUGUGUGUCUGCACAAUUGGUUCAUUUCAGAAUUCAAAAACCUUUACUGUAGAAGAAGAUGGUUGUUUUGUUUUGAUUUUUAAAAGAAAUCCGCAAAUUUUGCUUCCCAGGGCUGCACUGGACCGUGUUGUGUACAUACUGCUGUGUGGUUUUAUUUAUUUUAACUGUGCAAAUCGUCUGGAAGAUUUUUCUCCCAAGUGCCAUUUCGGAUUUGUUCAGCCUUUUUGUUUUGUUUUGUUUUGUUUUUGUUUUUCCUUCCCUGGAAUAAUUCUGCUGUUGGCAUUUUAAGCAUUUGGAAACCAGAGAUUUUUUUUUUCAACCUUUGGAGCUUAAGGCUUCCCUGUCAACAGAAGGACAGCUGGGGAAACUGGAUUGAAAGGAUGGCUUUUAUCUGUCUGCAACUAAGACUGAUAUUUUGAAGUCAGAUUCUUUCUGUGGUUCAGUUUUUAGCCCGUAGGGCUAACCUUGAAGAGAUUUGUGGUUAACAGUUUGGUUUCUAAGAAGGUCAUAGUUUUUCCUCUCUUUUUUUCUUUUCAUUUUCUUUUUUAAGACGAGGGAGGGGAAGGUUAAGGGUGAAGGAAGGAGGAGACCAUGUUAACCGAUAGAAGCAGAAUAGCACUGCAGUUACCAGGGUCCUGACAGCUGGAAGAAACAAGGAUUCAGUCUUCAACUUGGGAGGCCUUCCUCUCACCUUCCUUCAAAAUUGCAAGGGACUCAGGCCUGAUCAAGACGCCCAAAGAAACUACAGGAUUCCAGAACUGUGGAGACACGGAGAAACCAUGAGCAUACGGUUGCCCCAUAGUAUAGACAGAUCAGCCAGUAAAAAGCAAUCUCACCUGUCCAGCCCCAUUGCAUCCUGGUUAAGUAGCCUGUCUUCUCUGGGAGAUUCUACACCUGAACGCACAUCCCCUUCUCACCACCGCCAGCCCUCUGACACCUCUGAGACAACAGGUCUUGUUCAGCGCUGUGUCAUCAUCCAAAAGGACCAGCAUGGCUUUGGCUUCACAGUUAGUGGAGAUCGCAUUGUGCUGGUGCAGUCUGUGCGCCCUGGAGGCGCAGCCAUGAGAGCUGGUGUGAAAGAGGGUGACCGGAUCAUCAAAGUAAACGGCACCAUGGUGACCAAUAGCUCACACCUGGAGGUAGUGAAGCUUAUCAAAUCUGGCGCCUAUGUUGCGCUUACCCUCCUGGGCUCUUCUCCUUCCUCCAUCGGUGUCUCUGGGCUCCAGCAGAACCCUUCUCUGUCAGGAGGGCCCAGAGUUAACCCCAUGAUUCCUCCACCACCUCCUCCUCCACCCUUGCCACCUCCACAACACAUUACUGGACCUAAACCUCUACAGGAUCCUGAAGUCCAAAAGCACGCCACUCAAAUCCUCAGGAAUAUGCUAAGGCAGGAGGAGAAGGAGUUACAGCGUAUCUGUGAGGUGUAUAGUCGGAACCCCGCCAGCCUGCUAGAAGAGCAAAUCGAAGGUGCCCGGCGGCGAGUCACUCAAUUACAGCUGAAGAUCCAGCAGGAGACUGGUGGCUUAGUGGAUGUACUUCCACUCUGUGGUGAGACCAGCCAGAGAACAUGUGAAGGCCGCCUCUCUGUGGACUCCCAGGAGGCAGACAGUGGCUUGGACUCAGGGACAGAACGCUUUCCCUCCAUCAGUGAGUCAUUGGUGAAUCGGAACUCAGUAUUGUCAGAUCCUGGACUAGACAGCCCACAAACCUCCCCUGUAAUCCUGGCCAGGGUGGGCCAGCACCACAGGCGACAGGGCUCAGAUGCAGCGGUGCACCCCCUCAACCACCAGGGUAUAGAUCAAAGCCCAAAGCCUCUGAUUAUUGGCCCAGAGGAAGAUUAUGACCCAGGCUAUUUCAACAAUGAGAGUGACAUCAUCUUUCAAGAUCUUGAAAAACUGAAGUCACAUCCAGCUUACUUGGUAGUAUUUCUACGUUACAUCUUCUCUCAGGCAGACCCCGGCCCCCUGCUUUUUUAUUUGUGUUCAGAAGUUUAUCAGCAGACAAAUCCCAAAGAUUCCCGAAAUCUGGGGAAAGACAUCUGGAAUAUUUUCCUAGAGAAAAAUGCGCCUCUCAGAGUGAAGAUCCCUGAGAUGUUGCAGGCUGAGAUCGACCUACGCCUGCGAAACAGUGAGGACCCUCGCAGCGCGCUUUAUGAAGCUCAGGAGGCAGUCAUGCCGGAGAUCCAGGAGCAGAUCAAUGACUAUAGAUCAAAGCGCACUCUGGGGCUGGGCAGCCUCUAUGGUGAAAAUGACCUACUAGACCUGGAUGGGGACCCUCUUCGAGAGCGCCAAAUGGCUGAGAAGCAACUGGCUGCCCUUGGAGAUAUCUUGUCCAAAUAUGAGGAAGAUCGGAGUGCUCCCAUGGACUUCGCUGUUAAUACCUACAUGAGCCACACUGGGAUCCGUCUUCGGGAGUCUCGACCUUCCAGCACAGCAGAAAAGACCCAGUCUGCCCCCGACAAGGACAAGUGGCUGCCCUUCUUCCCUAAGACCAAGAAGCAGAGCAGCAAUUCCAAGAAAGAAAAGGACGCCUUGGAGGACAAGAAGCGAAACCCCAUCCUCAGAUACAUUGGGAAGCCCAAGAGCUCUUCUCAGAGCACAUUUCAUAUUCCCUUGUCCCCUGUGGAAGUUAAGCCAGGCAAUGUGAGGAACAUCAUUCAGCACUUUGAGAACAGCCAUCAGUAUGAUGUCCCAGAGCCGGGGACACAGCGACUCUCAACAGGAAGCUUUCCUGAGGACCUGCUGGAGAGUGACAGUUCACGCUCAGAGAUUCGCCUUGGCCGCUCUGAAAGCCUCAAGGGCCGGGAGGAGAUGAAGCGAUCCCGGAAGGCAGAGAAUGUGCCCCGGUCUCGAAGUGAUGUUGACAUGGAUGCUGCUGCUGAGGCUACUCGCCUUCAUCAGUCAGCCUCAUCCUCUGCCUCCAGCCUCUCCACCAGGUCUCUUGAGAACCCAACCCCUCCCUUCACCCCCAAAAUGGGCCGCAGGAGCAUUGAGUCCCCCAAUCUGGGGUUCUGUACAGAUGUCAUCCUUCCCCACCUCCUUGAGGAUGAUCUGGGCCAACUGUCUGACCUGGAGCCAGAGCCAGAAGUCCAAAACUGGCAGCAUACAGUGGGCAAGGAUGUGGUGGCAAACUUGACACAGAGGGAAAUUGACCGGCAAGAGGUCAUCAAUGAGCUCUUUGUGACAGAAGCAUCCCACCUGCGCACGCUACGAGUCCUGGACCUCAUCUUCUACCAGCGCAUGAAGAAGGAGAACCUAAUGCCACGGGAAGAGCUGUCAAGGCUCUUCCCUAAUCUGCCUGAACUCAUAGAGAUCCACAAUUCCUGGUGUGAAGCCAUGAAGAAGCUCCGGGAGGAGGGCCCCAUUAUCAGAGACAUCAGUGACCUCAUGCUGGCUCGGUUUGAUGGUCCUGCCCGAGAAGAGCUCCAGCAAGUAGCUGCACAAUUCUGUUCCUAUCAGUCAGUAGCCCUGGAGCUAAUCAGGACUAAACAACGCAAGGAGAGUCGAUUCCAGCUCUUCAUGCAGGAAGCCGAGAGCCACCCCCAGUGUCGGCGUCUGCAGCUUCGUGACCUGAUCAUCUCUGAGAUGCAGCGGCUCACUAAGUACCCACUGCUGCUAGAGAACAUCAUCAAGCACACAGCGGGUGGCACAUCUGAGUAUGAGAAGCUCUGCCGUGCCCGGGACCAGUGCCGAGAGAUUCUCAAGUUUGUGAAUGAAGCAGUGAAGCAGACAGAGAACCGUCACCGCUUAGAAGGGUACCAGAAACGCCUGGAUGCCACUGCUCUAGAGCGGGCCAGCAACCCCUUGGCAGCAGAGUUCAAGAGCCUGGAUCUUACGACAAGGAAGAUGAUCCACGAGGGGCCUCUGACCUGGAGGAUCAGCAAAGAUAAGACCCUGGACCUCCAGGUGCUGUUACUCGAGGACCUGGUAGUGCUGCUGCAGAGACAAGAGGAGAAGCUGCUGCUCAAGUGCCACAGCAAGACAGCUGUGGGCUCCUCAGACAGCAAGCAGACCUUCAGCCCUGUGCUGAAGCUCAAUGCCGUGCUCAUCCGCUCUGUGGCCACAGAUAAACGAGCCUUCUUCAUCAUCUGCACCUCCGAGCUGGGCCCUCCCCAGAUCUAUGAGCUGGUUGCAUUGACAUCAUCAGACAAGAAUAUAUGGAUGGAGCUCUUAGAAGAGGCUGUGCAGAAUGCCACCAAGCACCCUGGAGAUGCCCCAGUACUCAACCAUCCCUCACCACCAGGAUCCCAGGAGCCAGCCUACCAGGGCUCCACCUCCAGCAGGGUAGAGGUGAAUGACUCGGAAGUGUAUCCCACUGAAAGAGAACCCAAGAAGCCAUCUGAAGGCCCCGGGCCCGAGCAGAGAGGUCAAGACAAGCAGCUGCUAGCACAAGAGGGGCCUGAGCAGGAGGAGGAUGCAGAGGAGCUGAGGGCCCUGCCUUGCCCUCCUCCCUCCCUGGAUGGAGAAAACAGAGGCAUCAGGACAAGGGACCCUGUCCUUCUGGCCCUCACAGGCCCUCUGCUCAUGGAGGGACUUGCUGAUGCUGCCCUGGAAGAUGUGGAGAACUUGCGGCACCUUAUCCUGUGGAGCCUGCUGCCUGGUCACACUGUGAAGACUCAGGCUGCUGGCGAGCCUGAAGAUGACCUUACACCCACCCCUUCUGUCGUCAGCAUUACCUCUCACCCCUGGGACCCAGGAUCCCCAGGGCAAGCUCCUGCUAUAAGUGACAACACCCAAUUUCCAAGGCCAGAGGGAAGCCAGCCAGAGGGCGAGGAUGUUGCUCUCUGUUCUCUGGCACACUUGCCACCAAGGACCAGAAAUUCUGGCAUCUGGGACUCUCCUGAGCUGGAUAGGAAUCCAGCUGAAGAGGCUUCAAGCUCAGAACCAGCAGGAAGUUACAAAGUUGUAAGGAAAGUCUCUCUACUCCCUGGUGGUGGUGUCGGUGCAGCCAAGGUGGCGGGCAGCAAUGUUACCCCUGCACUCCCAGAGAGUGGCCAGUCAGAAUCUGAGCUAUCUGAAGUGGAAGGCGGAGCACAGGCUACGGGGAACUGUUUCUAUGUCAGCAUGCCAGCAGAACCUCUGGACUCUAGCACUGAGCCUCCUGGGACACCCCCAAGUCUCUCGCAGUGUCACAGCCUCCCUGCAUGGCCAACAGAGCCUCCGCAACACAGGGGAGUCACUGGGGGUCAGCGUUCCAGCCUGGUCCUCAGGGAUAUGGGUGUGAUCUUCCACACCAUCGAGCAACUGACCGUCAAGCUUCACAGACUCAAGGACAUGGAGCUGGCCCACAGAGAGCUGCUCAACUCCCUUGGAGGAGAGUCGUCUGGUGGAACCACUCCUGUGGGAAGUUUUCACACAGAGGCAGCCAGAUGGACAGACUACUCCCUCUCUCCUCCAGCCAAGGAAGCCCUGACCUCUGACCCCCAAAACAAUCAGGAGCAGGGGUCCUACCCUGAAGAAGGCUCCGACACCCCCCUGGAAGACAGUGCCACAGACACAGCUUCGUCACCAGGACCAUAGCCAUCCAGACAACCAGAGUCUGGCCUGAGCCAGAGCGCCACAUUAGGAGAUCCGAGCCUCCCCGUGAAAGAUACUGUGAGGCCUGGGAAUCCCUCAUGUUGCCUGGUCUGUUCCCACCAGACAGUCCAGUUUAGUGUCUCUUCCUCCUGUUAGCCCAAGUCUCCGUGGCUUUCGUCUCCUAAGCAUGCUGACCACAAUAGAAAGGCCUCCACCCCACAUAGCCAGUGUGGGGUGUGCUAUGUGCACAGUGCCCUUGAGGAGGCUUAUGUAUAAAUGCACUUUCUUCCUCCUCUUCUUCCUAGGCCCCGAGACAGCUAGAUGCCUGGCUCUCCUCUUUGCCCUUUAGUUUCCUAUAAAUAUGUCUAUUGUAUGUGUAUCUUUGCCAUUGUAAAUAACUUAGCCUUUUAUUCUGUCCCUGGCAUGUUCAACCAGUCACAGAGAGCCAGGCAGCAGCCCCGCACAGGGCCAUGAUUGUUUAUGUCCCACUGGCAGGGAGGUCUCCCAGAUUCCAGUGCUGUCAAGCUCCAGGGCCUGCCCACCUCUGAAGCCUAGGCCUUCUCAGUGUCAGGAAAUGCUCCUGCAGGGAGUGUCUUACCCAGCCCUUCCCCACUUGCCCCAUAGAAACAAUACACCAGGUACGGAUCUCAACACAGACUCUCAAGAGAGAUGUGGAGUGGAUUGCUGGAGUCCCUGAGUUAAGUCAGGGCCCUUCCUUCCCCAGGGGCCACAGCACCGUUGGCUCAUCACCCUGUCCUCACGCCACUCCCUACAAUGAACAUACACACUGUGCUAGGUGUAUAUAUACAUAUAUAUAAAUAUAUAUAAUAUAUAAAAUAUAGAUAUGGAAAUGACUGUUUUACUGUUAAAAUAAUGUAUACUCUUAUUUUCUUCCUUUCAUGGUUAAGAUUUUUUUAAAGAAAAGUUAAAUAUUC